CUAGAUCGCGUUAUGCCAAAUCUGGCCACACUGGUUUGUUUCUCUUUAUCAUAUGUGAUGCGUCUUAAUUUGAAUGCAGUGAUAUCUUUUUGAAACAGUAAAUAAUUAUACAUAAAUUUGAAGAACUUGUUAACUAGAAAAUGGCAGAUGAACGAAAUUUUCGGUCAUCCUACUACGAGAAGGUAGGAUUUCGUAGCGUGGAGGAGAAGAGAUCGUUAGAAAUAUUACUCAAGGAACGUCCUUUUGACAAAGCAAAACUUAAACAGUUCUGCUUGCGGUUUACUGUUCCUACUAUACACAGAAAUUUUCUCUGGAAAAUAUUAUUGGACAUCAUACCGGUUUAUGUAGAUAGUCAUAAAUUUAUAAUGAACCAAAGAAGAAUGGAGUACCAAGAUCUGCAAAAAGCAUUAAAAGUUACAAAGAUCUUGGACGAUUAUACAAAGCCCCAUUUAAUGGUUCUUACAAUGUGGUUAUUGCGUACAAGAAGAGCAAAGCUUGAUAUGAGUGCCCAAUUAGAAAUUCCUUUGCAUAGAGCUAUGAGUAAAAUGGCUGAAACAUUGUGGCAUAUUGUUGAUAGCGAUACUCACGACGAAAAGCUUGUAGAUACAUACUGGAUAUUAUGUGGGCUCUUAGAUCAAGUACAAAAGUUUCAUAAGGAAGUAAAUAAGUUACAGGAAUGUACUUGUACUUUAUUAGAAAGAGAAGAUUCAGAAUUGUAUAAACACCUUAUUAAAAUUGAAGCGCUUCACAAUAUUCCAUACGAUGUGUGGUUUUGUUCGUGUUUUGCAGGAACAAUAUCUGUUGGUUCCAUAGUAAAAAUAUGGGAUAAAAUUGCUGUAGGUGCAUACAGAAUAUUAAUUUUUGUCACUGUAGUUACGUUAACUACUUUAAGACGACUUUUAUUGCGAUGCGAAAAUUUAGACAGUGUAUUAGAUACUAUUGGCAAUAUAACGGAAGAAAGCUCAGAACUAAUUGUCAAUAAAGCGAUCGAAUCUUGGCAACAAAGUGGUUCCACAUUGAUAACUAUUUCGCAAACAAUUUAGAAAUACUUUAGAAAGUAGAAAGACUUUCUAAGGCAUGAUAAAAUAUACAUAAUGUAAAUGUGUAAAAAAGUUUCUAAUGUAUGUAAAAAUUUAUGUUUGUAUAACAUAUGUCUUUGUAUUUUAAAAAUAAUUAUUUUUAUUAAUGCAUCCGUCAUACAUUUUACAUAUACAAUUACUUAAUUUAUUGAGGUGUUAAGUCUUGAACUGGACUUUAUUACUAAUAUUGUGAUUCUUUUGUUUCCUUUUUUGCAAUGUUAUGUUACAACAGUGUUAAUGUACUCAGUGUGUAACAGCAAGUCAAUAAAUUUCUGAAUCAGGCUAAAACAUAAAAUUGUGGCAUUUUAUGCUUGUAUUAUUCUCCAAGAAAUUUAUUGUACAAUCAAUUAUACGCUUUCAUCAUUUUGUAUCAUGUCCCCCUAUCAUGAUUAUUAAAGUAAUUUUGUCGCGUGUUUUUAACUUGUGCAAUCGGCGGAAUUUUAUUCCGCAGUUUAUCUUAACAAUAAUAUAAAAACAAUAUUAAAUUUCGAUAUGCAUAGCAUUAUUUAAUAUCAGAAUGAUUCCAAGCAGUGGAAUAGACACUGACAGAUUAAAACGCCCGAAGAUCGAUUAAACUUUCUUUUGAGUUUUUACAAAAGAAAUAACGUUUUGUGAUUUAUGUACAUUUUUUUUUCUAAUUUAGAAAAUUGAAAGAUUCUUGGAGAAAAGUGAGAUCAUAUAAAAUUUUAUUUCUUGCUCACGCAUUACACCAUAUUUCAUGGAUUCCUACUGCUUCCUAACAUUACAUCUUUUGAGUAGGUCUUCAGCUACUAUUUAUUCUUUGGUUUUUAAUGGGACUUGAGUAUCCUUUUUUUGUAUCUUAAUUACCUUGUAACAAAUAGUGGCAAUAACUUCAUGUAUGCUGAAAAAUUAUAAUAAUGAAGCUAGAUUCACUUCAAGCAUGUUGAAGAAAUUUUUAUGCUCCUUUAAAAUAACAUUAGCAGUGUGCACGAAUUUUAACACAUGAUCGAACUUCAUUAUCAUAAAUCGAUAUUAAACAAUGUUGGCAGAUUUUUAAUUCAGAGAGUUAUACUAUGGCAAUGCACAUAUAGUUCUGCAGACACUAAUUCUCUCAUAAAAUACAAGUGAAAUGCACAAAUACACUACACUAUUGUUGUAUUUUCUUAACAUCAAUGACUCCAAUUUAUAACAUGCACAUUUUAACGUUAGGGAAACGUUUCAAGCGUUCAAUUAAUAAUGUUUGCAACAUUCUUAAUCAAAAUUUACCACCGCCUUUGAACGACAAAGUAUAAUUUCAUAUAAAUUGGUUUUUCUUUCUGAUUAAGGCCAUUGCAUUCAUUCUGCUGACGUCUAUUUAUUAAAAUAAAUAUUUUAUGCAAAGAAAAUAGUUAAACGUACUUUACAAACAUCAGCUAACUCUCGCUAGGUAUUAUAUGCAACUGAAAACUUAUUCCUUACUUUAGCUAUGUAGAGUUCAUUUACAAUGUCUGCACAUUCUUCCUCGUCUAUUACAUUCAUCUUUCUAAUUUAAAAGGUUUGCUUAAAACAAAGGAAUGCAUGAAAAAUGAAACAAAAUAUAUUCGCAAAUAAAUAAGAUCUUGUUUUUCAGACAUGAUUCACAAAAACAUUUAUGAAAACUAACCUAAAUUCGAGUUCCAUGAUAUGUGCGAUAAAACUAACAGGUGCUUUUGCGUUAAAUAAAAGAAAAGAAAAGAAUUCUCGGCAAUAAGUGACGUGUAUGAUAGAAGAAAAGAAUUUUACAUAAAAAGUUCUGAAACUUAUGUUAUAAAGUCUAGUAAAAAUACUGGUUAGAAGUUUCAUUCGUCUCACAAUUUUAUACUAUCGGCAAGCUACAUAAACUAGGAGUCACUGAUAAACGAAUCAAGGUAUCCAGUGCUUGAUUUAGUACAAGUUGAUAUUUGAAUCACCCUUUA